UUAUUUCUAAAAAAUAAAAUUUUUAGUUUAUUCUGAUCUUCUAUAUUACGUGUGAUUCUAUCUUCACAAAACUUAUAAUAUCUACUUUAAGCAGAAAUGGCCACCUCGAAAAUCUACAUUGUCGUAGAAUUUGAUGAUGGCCUGGCAAUAGUACCUUCAUGUUGGUUAAACGAGAGUGAAAUGAAAUGUGCUUAUCCCACUUUUCGGGAUCCAACAAAAAUAAAAAAGGCUGUUGCAUCACAAUUAUCUCCUGAAGAUAACUCAAACUGGAAAAAAUAUGAUGUUAUAAAAAUCUUCUAUAGAACAAAUUUAUAUGAAAAAGCAAAAGAGAAGCUACUUAUUGCUGAAAAUAUGUCAGAUUUGACGGCUGACGAAAGCACAGAAAAUGAUGACAAAAGAUGCGUCAAAGAAAAAAAAUCAAGACAUAUGCGAGCUAAAAAAAUUUUUUCUUCGUCAGAAGAGUGUGAAUUUGAUUCUGACGUUAGUGAGAAAACAACCAAAUUAUUACCCUUUCCUAAACUUACAAAAAAAUCUUGUGUCACGAACAAUAAAAAAAUUUCUGCAAGUCAAUUAGCUUCACCGCCAUCAAUACAUAUAGAACGCUCAAAAUCUGAAUGCCAAAUCAGUUCUGCUAAGCAUAAUAAAAGUUUAGAUAAAGAAGCGACAAUAAAUGAUAGAUACACAACAGAACGGAGAUAUUGUGACAAUCUAUCAGAUGAAAAUGGCAACUCGAAAAUGACUGAGAAAGAUAAAAAUAUCAUGUGUACUGGAAGUAAAAACUUAUUAAUAACUGCAGAAAAUGGUUAA